UCCCAUCUCCGAUUUCAUUCAUAAUCAAAACCCUAGACCUAUAAAUUCAACUGCAUCAAAUUAUCUCUCACGUUAAUCUUCAUUGCUGCCCCUCCUCCUCCAUUUUCCAGAUAAUUGAAUCUUUAGAAGGGGUUUUUAACAAUGUCUAACCAAGAACUCGCUUGUACUUUGGCUGUCUUGAUCCUCCACGACGAUAAUGUCGCCAUCACUGCGGAGAAGAUUGCUACCUUAGUGAAGGAAGCCAAUGUGCCAAUUGAAUCAUACUGGCCAAGGUUGUUUGCCAAGCUGGCUGAAAAGAGAAAUGUCGACGAUCUUUUAAUGAACGUCGGUUCUGGCGGCGCUGCUGCUCCUGUUGCUGUUGGAGCUCCUGCUGGAGGUGCUGCGGCCGCGGCUGCUGCUCCUGCUGCUGAAGAGAAGAAGGAGGAGCCAAAGGAAGAAAGUGAUGACGACAUGGGCUUUAGCUUGUUCGAUUAGGUGCUUUCAAUCCUUUUUUAUCGAAUCAUUAGUGCUUUUUGGUUAUUUCUGCAAGUAGGCAAAAGAUAGGUUUCAUUUAUUGUGUUUUGAGACUAAUUGAAACAGUUGUAUGUUGAAAAGGUUAAGUUUUGAGUAAUCUGAGAUAAUUUACGCUCUUGGUAUA